UAGUUGGUGCUGUUCUUACAGAAGAAUGAGGGUUCCAACUCCACACAAAUGUUGAGGUUCCACCCGCAACACAGAGACACACAAAUGUAGAGAAACUCUAUAAUCUCAUAGAAGAGUGAGGGUUACAGUUCCACACGCCCACCCGCAACACGGGGGGACACAGUGAAUGUAGAGAAGCUUUAAAAAAGAGUGCUUGCUUUUUUAGAAGUUAUUAGGCUCGUAUAUACUAUAAAUGAGCAAAGCCACGCAAGUGAUAUCUUUUGAGAGUCCAAAUUCUGUCCCCUGGGCGGUCUAUUAACACCUUUUUGUUCAACUUCCGUCUCCCUCUCUUUCCCAAUAAUAAUUUAGGGACGGAUUUUAUGAAAAAUGUUUGCUCACAAGGGAAAGAAACCCAAGGUUCCGGAGAUAGCUGAGGUGGCGGAUUCCGAUGACAUUGACGAUGAUCGCUUUCUCUCCGUCGAGAAGUUGCAGGAGGUUCAAGAUGAGCUUGAGAAGCAGAUCAAUGAAGAGGCCGGUGACAAGGUGCUGGAAGUUGAGCGGAAAUAUAAUGAGAUACGCAGACUUGUCUAUGUCAAACGGAAUGAGAUGAUCCAAACUAUUCCUGAUUUCUGGUUAUUUGCUUUCCUGUGCGACCCUGCACUUUGUGAUCUCUUGAGUGAAGAAGACCAGAAGAUCUUCAAGUACAUAGACUCUAUUGAUAUGGAGGAUUUCAAAGAUUUGAAGUCAGGGUACUCCAUUACAUUUAAUAUGAACGAAAAUCCUUACUUUGAAGAUGCAAAGCUGACAAAGACAUUAACAUUCUAUGAUGAGGGAGCAACUAAGAUAACUGGUACAGAAAUCAAGUGGAAGGAGGGCAAGGCUGCUUCCAAUGGAGUUGAAGAUGUGAAAAAAGGGAACAAAAGACCACUUUCUGAGGAGAGCUUCUUUAGUUGGUUUAGUGAAACUCAACAGAAAGAUAUUGCAGAGCUUCAUGAGGAGAUUGCAGAGAUAAUAAAGGAAGAUUCGUGGCCCAAUCCACUGAAGUGUCUUAAGAUGGAGACUGAUGUAGAGGACUCUGAUGGUGAAGAGGAAGACAGCUGAGCUCUUUCUGGCUUGCUUUUCAUCAUAUUUUUCAUUUUGCUCCUAUGGUUCCUAGCAAUGAGAAGAACAAGCUCCAGUUAGAACCAACCUUUCUGGUUUCAUGGUGGUAGAACCUCGUAACAGACUGUCCUUAUUUCUUUAAUGUUCUGCUGUUUAUGCCCUAGAUCUGUUUUCUUGUAUUUUGUUUACUGUUCUCAAGCAGAAUUUUCUUUUCACUAAUUGGAGCCCCAUGUGCAAAAAGCAUCCAUAACGGUUGGCCGAUAAGGGUGUAUGAAUAGAAUUUUUCAUGAAUGUAUGGAUAGAUUAAACGUGUUUAGACCAA